UAUCCGCACCGUUGGCUCCAGCCGUUGUGUUUUUUUGCUAAGCUAGCCGGCUGGUAAGUGCAGGAAUUGUUAAACAUGUCGGAUUUGAUCACUUUUAGAAGUGAACUCACACUCAUCGUGAACGACCUGCUGCAGGCGCUGAGGACGGAGAUAUUUACAGUCUCUCUGAGGAAACCACGUCCAGAAACCGAGGAAAAACUCGGCGCUCUGGUGGACAGUUUGUGUGUCAGAGCUGUUGAUAAAAUCCUGAAGAUGGUUCAGCCUCCAGGAGACCAGAAGGAGACACCAGGAGACCUGAAGGAGACACCAGGAGACCAGAAGGAGACACCAGGAGAUCAGAAGGAGACACCAGGAGACCAGAAGGAGACACCAGGAGACCAGAAGGAGGAGACACCAGGAGACCAGAAGGAGACACCAGGAGAUCAGAAGGAGACACCAGGAGACCAGAAGGAGACACCAGGAGACCAGAAGGAGACACCAGGAGACCAGAAGGAGACACCAGGAGACCAGAAGGAGACACCAGGAGGUGGACGUGAGCGCCCCCCCACAGGACACACCUACAUCCUGGUUUACGGGGUCAGUGAGUGA